AUGGCAAUCUCUGUAGACAAGGACCCACUCCCUCAUGUGGGACCCAAACCUGUGUUGACAAUACCCGACGACCCUAGAGUCAUUGGAUCGUUCGACCUCAACCACUUCUCUGUCCGCAUCAUGUCUGUUGACUACCAGGCGUCCGGCCCCUGCCACGGACCCCCUUCAUCCUCGGGCCCCCGCCUCAACUUCAGCGAGGACUCAGAGGUGGUUCUGGGAGACUCCACAGAAAAUGCGUUUGCAUAUGUUCACCACAUGACCCUUUAUGACCUGGAGGCUCGGGGCAUGGUGCGUCCUUUCUGCAUGGCGUACGUGUGUUCAGACCAGAAGAAGCUGAUGGAGAACUUCUCCGAACUGUCGACAAGCUUCUCUCGGGCCUCUGACAGCCUUAAGACGGGAAACAGACAAGCAUUUUCUAUGGAGCUGCAGAGGAAGUUACAGGAGCUCGAGUAUUCUCGGUUGACUCUGCUGCAGGAGACUGAAGUUACGAGGAUGGCCAAUGGGCUCACAGAGGACGGAGAAACAGUAGAUGAGCUUGAAGCUGUAGAGCGUUCAAUCUCAAAUCACAAAGACCUCCUCCGCCAGGUCACGUCUUACCCAAACAGGAAGCUGAAACAGCCAGACUUCCUGCCUUAUGACCCGGCUGACUCCCUUGCUGAUCCAACUGCGUUACUGCCUCCUGAGCCCUGUCCCUCCCUCUCCACCUCCACCUCCACGACCUGCAGGUCUGAGCGCCAUCUGAAGCCGCUUCAGGAGCUUUGCAACACUUACUUCCUGUCGCUGAUGAAGGAGCAGCUCGCUGACACAGAGCGCCGCCUACGUGGCGACAGGAGUGUGCUACAAACUGCUCGUGUCACGCGAUAUUUGUCCAGAAGGCUCGCGUUCAUCAACUUCUUGUUUGAGCUUUGGAGUCCAGAGGACGGCGAUGAGGAGGAGAGAGAGAGCUGUGAGGCAGAGCUGCAGAGGGCAGCGGGGAGUAAGAGCGGCAUCGAGAUGUUUCAGUCAGAACCCCUGAGCCUGGAGUCCUUCUACUCCUGUGUGGAGGAGAUCCCUAUCAAACUGGAGGCAGGAGAAGCUGGGACAGUGACUCCUGAUCCCAAUGUCUCCACUGAGAUGACAGGAAGUGUGAGCAGCGGUGACAGCAUCGAAGUGCUCGGGACUGAGAAGUCUUAUCGGACGCAGCAUGAUGUCACUGGAUCUGACAGCAGAGAGACACUAGUUGGGAUGACGGACACCUCCAGGAGAGCCGCAGUAGAUUCAAACGUCAGGCGUGUGCGAGCGUACGCCAGACGAGCCAACAGUGAGGACAGCAUCGAGGUACUGAGUACCACCGAGUCUAUCUUUCCUGACGACCUUACCGCCAUCACAGAGGAAGAAGCAGAGCACCAACCUCUAAAUAAUGGCUUUGAAAAUGACAAGGGGAUACUGGAAGAGUUUAAAUCUGACCACGUCCUCCAAGAGACGACACUGAUGGUGACUACUUUAGACAAUGAGGAUGAAAACAAAGAGCCUCUUCAGAAAGAAGACGGUCGUGUUGACAGAGAAGAGACAAUAAAGCAAGUAACUGUUAAUGGGAGGAUUAAAGAGGAGCAGGUCAUCCAGUCUUUGAGGAGCCAUCAAGUCAAUGAAGACAACAGUCCCGAGAAGACGUCCAAACUACUGCAAGUUGAAGAAGCAGUGGAGUCGACGCCUCAGUGGUCUGAAGACCAUCAGGCGAUGCAGUCGGUGCCUGACCUUCAUGUCAGCUUCGCCCCUCCUGUUGCCCCGGCCGAGGCUGACCGAUGGUCUUCACCCUGCGCUCCUCUCAGGCUGCUGAGUGUCGACGAGGCCUCCGACUGCACCAGCUUCACCGGCUCGUCGGACCCACCCUCUCCCACCCAAAAUGUCCAGUGCAACACCAACUCAGUUCAGAGGAGGAGAAGGAAGGCUGGACUCAGAGCCCUCAGGUUCCUCAAACAGAACUCGUUCUCCCAGCAUGCCGUGUUUUGUCUUCUGAGUGGUCGGCCGCUGGUUGUCAUCGGAGGAGACGAGAGUUUGGUCAAAAAGCUGGUGGACGCUCUGAGUCUCUUCCUGCCUGCUCCUGGUCCUGAUCGAAACGCUGUGCUGCCGUUUUUGACCACGCCACUUCAACUAACUGACCUGCUGACCUGGAGGCUGAUAGGAAUACACAGAUCGUCCUCCAGCUCUUCGGCAAGCAUUUUGCACUCUCUGACUCGUUACAGCCGUUAUCUGGCCCUAUUGGAUCUGGACCAGAGGACGCUGCUUUGUCCGUCAUACUCUGGCUCUCUCAUCAACAGGCUGGCUAACCCUCACACCAGCAUCAGCCGAGGCACCACCUACCUGCUGCACCUGGAGAGCUGCCUGACUGCACUGGCCAACCAGGCUCUCUUGUACACAAUAAGUCCUGCUUUACAACGUUCAAACACUGCUGGAAGGAACGAUGGCACGGAAGGAGAGGACUUGAGUGAGUACGAUUUGAGAGUGAUGCAUUUCUUGUGUGACCUCAUAAAACAGCGCCACACAGGACGUGGACCACCAGUUUUAAGAUUCUCUUACAGCUCAGUGCAGCUGCACAGAAAUACAUAUGCACCAUAAACAAAAACAACUGACUAGUCAUAAAUAUAUCAGAAUCAGAAUCUGGUUUUAUUGUUAAGUACAUUU